AUGAUGGCUUCUGUAAAGAAAAAGCAAGAUGAAAAGAACUUAAAACUUCUCAGAGAUCUCGCGGCCUUACCCCACAACAAAAAAUGCUUCGACUGUGGGCAAAGGGGGCCAACAUAUGUGAAUACCACAAUAGGAUCUUUUGUCUGUACCUCGUGCAGCGGCAUUUUGUGAGUAGAGAUGGCGUUAAGCUAGCAAGGUUUUUACGCCAAUUUGACUCCAGCGCGCGAUUAGUUUGCAGCUGUACGGUAAACACUCAUUUCCUGUUCUUGUUUUUUCAUUUUUUUACAGACGAGGAUUAAACCCUCCACAUCGAGUCAAAUCAAUUUCAAUGACAAGCUUUACACCACAAGAAAUAGAAAGUUUACAAGGCCAAGGAAAUGAGGUACGCGCGACUUCACGCUUACUGCCUUUUCUUUCAUUGUACAAGUUUGACAAGUUUUAUAUGUCUGAAUUAUCCUUGAAUUUCUUUCCUUAUGAGACAUUGGAUAAAUUGACAACAUUUGCGCUCCUUUCAACGCGUACAACUCAGCUUUAACAUUAUAUUGAUGCAAGUUCCGUUAUGGGAGCACGAUGUAACACCCCUAGCGUAUUUUUGGCUGCAUUUUACGUUCAAUUUGACCAAUAUUUGCAGGUCGAUUUGCGGUAAAAAUGUAAACUAACUAGCUGGAGUCCUUAUAUUCCAUAAGACAACUUAAACUCUAGAAAUUAAAAACUGUUUGCCCACAAAAAAUUAAAAAUUUUACAAUCGCUGCAUUAAAAUCUUCACUAUUCGUGACUUAGCUCGAUGUACUGUACUUGCCAAGUUGUUGAAAUCUCUCGUUCGUGCCGGUCAUUUAUGCAUUCUGCUGAUUGUCAAUUUUUCAGUGCAGUUACUUUGUUUUGAUUGACUUCUUACAACAAUUUUUACCUCGUUGCUACUUUUGAGGAUGAAACGACGUAAUGUUCAUUCAAAAUAUAAGCAGGAAAAUAUCUUGGUGUUUGUGUAUAAAAUGGCGGGUCUCUAACGACUGGUAGUUUAUUGUUCAUUGGAAAUCGAAGACAAUGCACAUAGUUGCAUAUUGAAAACAUGUUUUGGUUGUGACUUUGAUAAUUUUUGAUUGAUUCGUUUUGUUGAUCAUCCCUUCUUCAGUUCCCUAUUAAUUUACUCAAUGAAAUCUUGAACCCUUGUCUGUUUCAUUGAGCAUGACCACACACAUUUAUUAAAUAUUUUGAAAAAAAAAACACAGGGCAUGAAGGUGGAUGCAUUUGAGUCUGAACACAACAACAUCAUAAAAAAAAAUUGACCAAAGUUGUCCAAGAAAAAACUUGCGUAUCUCUUCUCACUAAUUUUGAAAAAUAAUUCUUGUCAUGUAUGGACAAGAACAGGAAAAUUCACCUGCAGUGCAGCCAGACAGAAAUAAGAAGCAAGUGAAUAUGUGAAAUUGAAAGCCCCUUUUUGAAACCUUUACAAACGGAAAUACAAAACAAUUGGCAAAUUUUAAGCACAAUAUUGAAAACCACCUUCAAAAAAUAGCUGAAACUGCAAACUUGAAACAUCAACACUCUUCACGUCCCUCUUGCUCCACCUCUGCUUAUGUCAAAACCAGUUGAUGAAUUAUUUACAUUUUACCUGAAUUAUGACAGGGUGUUAUUGUGAAUACUUAUUUCAUACUAACAAUGAAUAUUAUUAUUUCGUUGGCUUACAAGACGAUUCACUUAGUUGAAGUUGAUUUAAGCAGAAGAUUUGUGUAGUAUUUAAUGAAAUUCGUAAUCAACACAAUGUUUUCCUGGCAGCUUUUCUGAUUUGUCUGAGUGGAGGUCUGACCUGUCUGAAGUUCAGACUAAUGUCCUUUCUAAAACAGAAAUUUCAGCCCAUCUUAUUACUACGGUAGAACCCGGAUAACUCGAACUAAGUCUAAUUUCCCUUGGAUUUUACCCCACUUUUCAGUCAUUUCUACUCCGAUAACUCAAAUUCCCACUAACUCUAACUAAAUUUCAUUUCCCCGUGAUCAAAAGUUCACUGGAAUUUACCCCAAUAACUCAAAAUUCUGGUUCUUGUAACUCCACUUGGAUGCCAUCCCACUAGCUCUUCAUUUUGUAUAAUUGGUAAAACACUAAACCUAAAAUGGGUCAACCCUCAUCUUAGAUUUUUAUUGGUACAACGAACAGAUCACUUUUUAUCAUAAAAAAUGUCUAAUCAUGUUAGCAUUUCUGACGAAAUAAGUUAGAUUUGCACUGCACUAUACACUGAAGAACUCAAAAAUCAGUAACUAGUUAUCAAUUUUACAUAUGGCAAAUUGAAUUUUGCAAUCGACCUGUUAACUCGAACCCUCGCUAACUCCAACUGUUUUUGUUUCCCUUCAGAGUGGUUUUUUUUAAAAUAACAUUUAUUUGGUUACAACACUUCUAAUGACAAUACUUACAUUUACAUGGAGGGAAAAUAAAAACAACAUACAAGAGAGAAAGGAAAAAUACAAUGUUACAGCAUUUACAACUAAUUAAGCCUAAAAAAGUUUUACAAAUUUGACUACUAUUUGUAAAAUUGCAAAAUAAAACACGAUACAACAAAAACAUAAGGAGUCUGUCCUACCAACUAAAAGGUGCUUUGCAUUUGCAUUUGUUUCUUCCCUUCAGAGUUUGAGUUACCCCGGUUCUACUGUAUGUAUAUUUUUUUCGUUCAAAGCUUGGAUUUGAGUAUGUGCUAUGAUUGGCCUGUUAAAAAUGCCAUUGUCAGUUUGCCAAUCAAGUUGAAGGGAAAUUUGAAAUGUAUUUCCAGUAAUUUGUUCAGUUCGUUGGGGAACCAGAACAAGGGUAUUGGCACUGCUUUGCAGAUGUUACUAACUGGUAUUAGAUUACCUCUGUUACACAGGCUUGGUUCCAUACCAAUUAAACUUGUUCUCUCACCAAACCUUCUGUAACUAGUAACUGCUGCCUUUAACCCUUUGGAGCCAGCAGUUAUGAGUGGCUUAAAACUUCAGGUUUAAUUUGGGCAGAAUUUUGUUUUGAAUAAUAAUUAUUUGUUUUAGUAUUUACCAAAUCAGUGAAGGGCAAUUUUUGUGUGUUUUGAUUGGCUCUAAUAUCAUUGAUUCUGGUGAUGUGUCUUCUGUGUUCUCACCAGACAACUAGAGCAGUCAGUGACUGAUAGUUACUGCUGUUGUAAUGAGUUUUAUUAUUAUUUUAGUUUUGUAAGAAAGUUUGGCUUGGUCUUUGGAACUCAGCUAUGCCACCAGAGCCAGAAUCUAAAGAUGAUCAAAAGAUAAAGGACUUCAUGGUGCAGAAAUAUGAACGAAAAAGAUGGUACAUUCCUCCACAGCAAGUUGCCGCUAAUGAUACAAGUCAGACAACACCUGAACCCAAACCUCUGAAACAACUUUUAGGAGAAAAUGCACCUACAGUUUCUGUGCAUGUAAGCUAAAAAUGUUAUUUCCCAUGACAGUCAAUAAGUAUUUGCCCAUUAGAUACCCAAGAGUGACCAACAUCAAUUUUUUCCCAACAAUGUGUCAAUACAUCGUCAAGAGAGUAGAAUAUGAGAUUGAUAAAGUUAACAUUUUUCCAUAGCUUUAUGUUUUUUCUAUAGAGUAAUUGUAAGAAGAAAUUAAAUGUUGGUCACUUUUAGUGGUUUAAGCGUUUUAACAGUUUUCAUGUACUGGUACCUCAUGUCAAGCCAGGUCAACUUACUGCUUGUUUCGUAUACAAGAAUGAAGCGAAAUAAUCUGACAUUGGCAAUGACCAACAGAUUCUACUUUGAAAGUAAUGAAUGCAUUAAUAGAUUCUAUGAUUGCACAUUUGACAUAGCUUGACUGUUUCUUAUUGGUGUUAAAUUUUCUGGUCUUUCGAAGUACAUGGUGACAUUAUUCCUCUGAAUGACAUUCUUGGACUGCCUAAUCCCUUUUUCUACCUUGUAAUGCUUAGACAUUGUUUUUCAAUUCUUUCAGGCACAAGCCACAAGAGAGAGACCCCGCACAGGAAGCCAAACCAGUUCAUCAGCAAUGCCUGUAGCAGUUGCCCCACCCCCAGGGCAGGUACAGGCUGCUCCUCAACCUGCCCCACAACCAAAGCCACCCUCAGUAGACCUGCUUGGUGACUUAGGGGGAGACCCAUUUGCGCAACAACGACCACAAGGUAACAUUUUUGUUAAUUUUAAAUUUCUAACAACUCAUGGCAUGAAACAGACCCUUCCAUGGCUUUUUUAACUUUUGAUUGGGACCAGCAAAAAACCAUCAACACAGCUGCAAAGUUGAAAACUAAUUAAGGCAUACAUAGCUUUGCAAAGCUGGGAAAUUUUACAGGCAUUUGUAUGGUAGGGGGCAAGUUCGUGCCCCCCCCCCCCCCCCCCCCCCCCCCACCCCCUAUUUUAAAAACAAAACACAAUUUUUUUUUGUUUUCACUCUCUCUCCCCCUACUCUAAUGUUCUUUUUUUUUUUUUUUUCUCUUCUCCCUUCCAUUUUCACAUUUUUUUUUUUUUUUCUAUUUAAUUUUGAUUGGGACCAGCAAAAAACCAACCAACACACUCAAAAGUUGAAAACAAAUUAAGGCAAACAAUGCUUUGCAAAGCGGGGAAAUUUUACAGGCCUUUUUUUGGUGGGGGGCAAAUUCCGGCCCCCCCCCCCCCCACCUUACAGAUCUGUAAAAUUUCACAAAGCAAUAUAUUUGCUUGCUUACUGAACCUUCCACCUUUAAGCUAGGUUAUUUUCCUAAUUUUAAGGCUCUCCUUCCAGCAUUGUCAAUAGAUAUUUGCUUACUGGUCUCUUUUCAAAUCUUUAAAACCAUGAACAGGUCUACUGCAACUAAAUCAACAUCAAAGCACCCAGAUGUUUCACACCUUGACCAAAUUGGCAACUAGAAUUCUUCAUCACAUCUUACAACUGUACUUGGAGGCCUUGCAAAUUGUUGUUCAUGUUUUCCGAUAAAUUUUUGGUAAAAAUGGCCAUGUGUCCAAACGUCCUAAGAAAAUCAUAAAAAUCCAACAAGAAAUUCUCUUACUAGAACUGCCUUGGAUUCCAAGUACAUUAUGCUAUGUAUGGUUCCUUCUUUAUCAUGCAUUAAAGUGCAAAAUGAAAUUCAGUGUAAUAUAGUUUCUUGCUAGUUUGAUUCUCAAUUUCCUUAACCCUUUAAGUCCCGAUAGUGACCAACAUCAGUUUUCUCCUAAUGAUAUCCAUACAAUUUCAAGAGAUACAGUUAUGAGAAUUGAUAAAAUGACCACCAAAGUGAAAAUGUAUUGAUCUUCCAUAAAAUUCUCUCAACACAUUCUUUCACAAAAUGCAUGGAGGUCAGUUUGGAGAAUUUGUAUGUGUAUAUUGGGGCUUAACGGGUCAAUUGUCUUCCUACCCUAAUAAUAUCAAUAAUGAUGUAAUAAAUUAGGUUCAGGAGACUAAGGACUAAGGACUAAGGAUAUUGAAACCAUUUUCACCAGACAUGAAUUUCAAACUACAACAUAUGUGUCUUUUUUAGUUAAAAUGUAAAGUCACUUCAGAAAGGUUGCUUUGUCCAAUCACAAAUAAAAAGAUUACAUACAGUACUUCUGUUUUGGAUUGUGUUUAAUAUCAUUGUAGUGCAUCAACAUGGCAAAAGCCGUAAACUAUGGCCAAGAAGUGCUGGUCAAUUGACUCCUUUUUACCUUCAAAAAUCACUCUUUCACUUGUAGGUCAGUUUGGACCACCUCCCCAGCAAGGUAACUUUGCUUCGUUCAAUGCGUUUGGAGCACAACCAGCGGCUCCUGUUCAGAAUACCUUUGACCCGUUUGGGUCAUCAGUGCCCCAGCCUGUCCAGCAACAAUCACAGCCGAGUUUUGCAGCAUUUGGUACUCCACCCCAACAGCCACAACAACAACCUGCGGCACAACCACAACAGCAGGCUAAUUUCUUUGAUGCUUUUGGGUCUCCACCAGCUUCUUCAGGAGGACUUAAUGCAUUCGUAGCCCCAACAUCGUCAGGUAAGAUCCAUUUCUUCUGUGCAGUGGAAUCCUGAUUUUUCAGACCUCCUUGACUCCUUGAGGUUAAAAUCCUCAGCUCCAGUUCUUCCUUUGUAUGAAGACCAUACUUGGUUGUAUUUGCGUGAGGGAUAACUACUCUACAUUUGCCCCAUAAAGUGUUGACUUUUCUUGUGACCAUAAGUUGUCAGAAGGAAAAAGGAGUACCAGAUACACUAUUAGAAUUGAUAUGAAUGGUCAUCAUCUAGAAUAAAAUUUACUCUUUUCUCCCUUCAAAGGUGUUGUAUCUUUGAAGAGUAACAGCCAAACAUACACAAUGAGAAAAAUAGUGAAGGUCACAUGGGGGUGUCCUUCCCCCAAAAAACCAACCAUCUUUCUUUUUUAUCAUUUUUUUUGCAGCUCCCACACAAGCACCACCAGCUUCUAAUUCUGGGUUUGGGCCACUUGUAUCAGCGUCUGGAAGCUCAGCAGCUGCUAGCGACAAGUAUGCAGCAUUGACUGAACUAGAUAGCUUGUUUGGCACGUCCUCAAGUAGUAGUAACACUAGUUUUAGCUCUGGAACAGGCUUUGGUUCCUCUGGGACUUCAACAUUCGGAAUGUCAAGUGGACCUAACCCGUUUUCGAGCGCAACAUCAAGCGUUGGGUCUGGAGGGUUUCAGUCCCAGCAGACAUCCAAUCCUUUUCAGGGUCUCGGUGGAACGCUUAAUGGUCCUACAAGAAGUAUGAGUCCUGCCAGUAGCAUAGCGGCUACAAGUGGUAGUGGGUUUGGAAGUUUCAGCACCGCCCAGCCAACAGUUUCUGCAUUUGGUAGUCAGCCAGUAAGUUCAGGAUUUGGGAACCAGCUGUCCAACACAGGUUUUGGUGGUGGCCAACCUAGUGGAGGGUUUGGAAGCCUUACAUCUUCCCAGCAGUCAUCAUUUGGUGGACCUCAACAGUCUGGCUGGGGAGGCAUGACGAGCCAACAGCAAAUGGGAGGUGGUCAAAAUAUGGGGAUGCCCCCAUCAUCUGCUCAACAGAAUCUUAGCUUUGGAGGUGCAGGCAUGACAGCGAUGGCAUGGAACCAAUUCGGAAAAAUGGGAGGCGGUCAGCAGCAACAACAACAACAACCUCAAAUGCGAGGUCAAAUGAACUUUGGUGGUAACCAACCUGGCUUUGGUAGUAACCAAGGAUUUGGGAGUGGACAGCCGAGUUCUGGGUUUGGGGGUAUGCAGCCUAUGUCUGGGUUUGGGGCAUCUACAGGUUCAUUUGGAGCUAAUCCAAUGUCAGGCGGAAGUGGUUUUGGUGGCCAACAACAAAAUACUGGAUUUGGAAUCCCUGGUGGAUUUGGUGCACAGCCAAAUGCAUUUGGUGGAGGAAUGGCUGGAAUGGGGGGUGCGCAGUUUGGGCAACAACAGCAGAUUCAACAAUUUGGAAGUUGGCAGCAAAGUCAACAGGCCAAUCCAUUCAUGGUAAGUGCAUUGGGCAGCUAGUAGUUCUUUUAAACCAUACAGUAAUUAUGAUCAAGACUUCAUUGAAUACACAGAAGUUUACAAUAAUAUUGUCACCCCACAAUUCUAAUCUCCAUGUUGCUAUUACACAUGCUUGGCAUGUAUAAAGACAGCUAGACUUGCCCACAAGCUGAGCACAAGGUGACAAAAACACAUCCUUUUCACCGCAGAGAUGUUUGCAAACAUCUUUCUGGUUUAAUAGCUUUCCGUAACCCAUACACGAUCGCAUCCUUGAUAGAACACAUGGUACUCAGCUUUGUAUUUGAAUACAACCGCAAAAUUUAAAGAACUGCUGCGAUCUAAAACACCAAUGUUGUCUCAAUUUGAAUUUUGGAUCAAAACAGCUCAAGUCAUGUUUCAUGUGGCGUGAUCGGGGUUGAUUGACAGUGUAUCACUAAAAACUGUUUGGGAUGCAAUAAAACCUACAGGAGGAAUAUUCCUCCUGUAAAUUUGGUGCGCCCCAAGGGAAAAAAGUCCCUCAUGCUGAGGCCUACUACCGGAACUGGAAAUGAGAAGCGAAGAUGUGUUCUAUCAAGGACUUUGGGAAUGUCUAAAAAACAGCAUUUGUUUGGACUUCCAGUAAGAAUUAAUGGAAUGCAUAGAAUGCAAUCUGGUAAGUUGUGUUUUGACCUUCAGUCUAUCACGUGAACCUUAUACAAAGCUCCAGCAUUUGGAGAUAGAAUACAAUCAACUCUCACCUAAAUGACACCUCUAUUAGGUCAAUAUCUGCCUUAUACAGAAACCUAGAGUUGGUGCCCAUUAUGUGGUCAUUUACCUUGACUCUAUAAGGUCCAAGACUGCCAUCUUAAGAGACUGAACCGCAAAAAUGUUGCUCAUUAAGUUAGUUAUUUCCAGGCUGCUGGCUCUGCACUUUUGGAGGUCUGUAAAAUAAUGAGACUNAAUCAACUCUCACCUAAAUGACACCUCUAUUAGGUCAAUAUCUGCCUUAUACAGAAACCUAGAGUUGGUGCCCAUUAUGUGGUCAUUUACCUUGACUCUAUAAGGUCCAAGACUGCCAUCUUAAGAGACUGAACCGCAAAAAUGUUGCUCAUUAAGUUAGUUAUUUCCAGGCUGCUGGCUCUGCACUUUUGGAGGUCUGUAAAAUAAUGAGACUCUCUAGGGGUGUUUCCAACGAAAUCGAUGUUGGAACGAUCACGACUGAUGUAAUGACCAUCUUAUGGAUUAAAGCAACAACCACAUUACUUUUCCAAUCAAGUUUGACUAACUUAGUUUGCACCUUCAGAGUUUUUUUUUUGCUUAUGAACCUCAGGGUUCAUACAGAGUCUUGAAUUCUUGCCCAACAAUUUUCUAGACCUAGAAAAAGUUUGGAAAGUAGAGAUCAAGUCUGGAAAAAUUGUAAAGAAACUUGAGUUUUUUUUCAAAGCUGCAACAAGCUGGCUUUAUUCAAUUUAGCCCAUACGUUUGUGUUCCUGCGUUUUUUAAGGUCUCUAUUGAUCACCUAUUUAAUAACCUUGAGUCUGGAAAAGAAAUUAUUGUUUUGGAAAAAGUCUGGAAAAAGUCUUGAAUUUUGUAUCCCAAAAUCUGUACAAACCCUGAAACCUGUUGCAUAUUUUAUUUUCUACUUUCUUUGUCAUCACUGUGGUUUCUUGAGCUCACUAGUAGCUUUACCAUGCAAAACAAUUAUGAUAUGAGGCAAUUAAUUUUUCAUCAAAAAUGUGACCAUUUGAUGGAAAUUGUACGACGAAAACAAUGUCUGCAGGUACCCAUAGAAAGGCUCAAUAAUUUUGUCCACUGGUUAGUCAUCUCUGCCUGGGGAAAUUAUUGUUCAUUCUUUUAUGUUUCAGAACGCCGGUCCACAGCAAGCUAUGCAGAGACAAGGACAGUCUACAAAUCCAUUUAUGUAG